AUGAUUCGCCCAUCCGAGCUGUCGGAUAGCGUAACGGCUUUCAACGAUGUUUCGAAAUUCAAGAUCUUUCAUUUUUGGCCUGAGUUCAUACGGAAUUUUGAGUAUUUUCAAUCGCUGCGACACGCCGUCUACGGUCUACAUAACCCCAAGCUCCCUUCAUCUUCGCCAGAUAACCUUACACCAAACAUGUCGGCAGAACAUCUAGGUGGACUACAAGAUGAGAAUCAAGGCCCGAGAAUUAUAAUCGCGACGGCGAUCACAACGGCCGCUGCGCUGAUCGUCGUGAUUGCCAGAUUCUAUGUCCGCAUCUGCAUCAUUCGGAACGUCGGAUGGGAUGACUAUGUGAUGGGACUGACAAUGCUACUAUCGGCCUCCGGAUUUGCAAUCACUGUCCCCGAAGUGAAAUAUGGCGCAGGAAGACAUGUAGUCUUUGUUGGCGAGACCGCCAAAACAGCGAUGCAUCUGAACUUUGCUACCCAGGCGAUCUACCUAUGGGCAAUCGGUACAGUCAAGAUAUCAAUUGGUCUGUUCCUGCUUCGCUUUGCAGGAAAGAAAGGCUACAAGUGGUUUAUCUGGGUAGUCAUGGUGGCCAUGAUGCUGUAUACAGCCAUUUGUUUCUUGACUUUGAUCUUUCAAUGCAAGGAUAUCCGAACCAACUGGGACCCUACAGUGAAGUCCGAAUGCUUCUCACCGACACAACUCUUGACACUGAGCUACACAAACACUGGUGAGAUGAAUAUCUUUUUUACUCUCUACUUCAAGCUGACAUCUGCAGCAUUGAACAUUCUUACGGAUCUGAUUUUCUCCAUUCUACCGGUUUUCAUGCUACGCCACCUUCAGGUCAAUCGCCGGGUUAAGGCAUCUUUGAUCUGCAUCCUAGGCCUCGGGGUCUUUGCCUGCGCUGCCGCCUUUGUCAAACUGUCCAUUCUUCCAAACUACGGCCGCACCGGUGACUUCCUGUGGGACUAUACCAACCUCACAAUCUGGGUAGUCACGGAAUGCAACACGGGUAUAGUGGCUGGCAGUCUCCCGACCCUGAAGCCCUUAUUCAAGAAGGUCCUCGGCUCAUACGCCUCCCAAUCCAAGACGGCCCGCGAUUAUUUUACCUUCAAGCGAAGCAAGCUGCGCUCGGCUUCCAGGUCUGAUGGAACCCCCCUUGAAUCGCUGGCACAUAACGGAAACCGAAGCGUUGUCGCACACCACACUCCGACCAAAAAUUUGUACCCCAACCUUGAAUCACCGUCCAGCACACCCACCGAUGCCCGAAGUCAAGCGAGUAAUUCCAGUGAGGAACGUAUUCUACCAAUUCAGGGAGAGAUUCUCUGCACGACCGAGGUCAGGGUCUCACAUACUAAUGAUCACCCACUCCCAUCUGGUCCGCCGGCACCCACGCUGGGUAGAAUGAGAUCGUUUAGAGGGAUGGGACAUGGUGCUGAUGACCGUGUUUAA